AUGAAAGCUGUUUGUGUUAUGACUGGUACAGCUGGCGUAAAAGGCGUUGUCAAAUUCACUCAGGAAACUGACAAUGGACCUGUUAAUGUGCACGCCGAAUUUAGUGGACUCAAGGCUGGUAAACAUGGCUUUCAUGUUCAUGAAUUUGGUGAUACAACAAAUGGAUGUAUUUCAGCUGGAGCUCAUUUCAAUCCAACUAAACAAGAGCAUGGAGCACCAGAAGAUAGCAUUCGUCAUGUUGGUGACCUGGGAAAUGUUGUGGCGGGUGUUGAUGGAAACGCAGUUUAUAACGCGACUGACAAAUUGAUAUCUUUGAACGGCCCUCAUUCAAUAAUUGGUCGAACUAUGGUCGAGCAUUCUAUGUUCACGACCAUGAACUGGCAAACAGAACGAAAACUAGCAACGCAAUAGUAGGACGAAGCUAAGCUAUUCCUUUGUUCUCCAGCCUUGUCAAUCAGAGGAGGAAGGCCAGAUUCAGACGGAAAAAUAUAUAACUCCAUAAGCAGCCAAAAAAAAUAAAUAACAAGCACUAAACUUAUGCAUAAUAUAUACAAUACAAAAAUGUCCUUGGAAAGCGUCACAUAAUAGCAUACUAAAAGAGAAGACGAAUCAAUGACUCCUAAGGUCCUUCCAGGUGGGAAAUGCAAACUGAGAGUAAUAGUGGGCGCUAUCGGCGCAAAACUGGGAAAUUUCAAUCUCAAAAAUUAAGUUACAAAAAUUAGCUUACCAAGUGGUUUUCGCGUAUCUUGUAUCCUAAACAGGGCAAUGUAUGUGUACCGUUGAUUUGUUUCAAACUAAGACACUUCUCAAUUCUGUUGCCAAUAACAGUUAGGGACAAGGGCUAAUACUCAAAUCAAAUUUUCAUUGUAUAUAAUGGAAGAAGUUAACCUGGAUGACAUAUAGUUAAUGUUGGGUUAACUUGAGGGAGUUUGUAAUUGUCAAUUUAAAAAUGGAUUUCAACAUAAAAUAUGAAUAAUUGUUGUAAGAGCCACUUAAUAAUUGUUUUGACCUACUAUAACCAGUGUAUCAGCGGAUAAAACAACUGAUAGGUCUCAGGUUUGAAUCAUUCUCUACUUAAUUCAGUUAGUAUGUGACUAGAAGCCAGUAAACAAGCAUAUGAACCUGUAUUCUGUAGAUUUGUUACACUUCUAACUGUUAAACUGCUUAUCACUAUUAUUGAUAGGCCACUCAGUCCAUGUUAUGUCGAAUUUUAUGUGUAAUACUUAUCAAAAUAACAGUAUACAUAUUCAUUGAAUGAAAUGAACAGAUAAAAUAACAAUUUUUCAAAGAUGGUAUUGAUAAUUAUCAUUAAUUUUCUUUUAAAAAUAGCUCAAUGAUCAAUUUUGACAGUGAUUUAAACAAAAAUUCAUGAACCAUUUAACUUGUUAAUAAAUGACAUUUAAUGAUAAUGAUCAUUUAUUAUGUGGCUAUUUACAAAUAUAUCAACGAAUAAACUAUAAUUAUCAUUAUUAUCUAUAAUGACAAUGAUAGUAAUAAUAAUACGAAAUUGAUUGUUGUAAACCUACAGGGGUUUAAUAUAAACAUAUGUCAAACUUGUCUCCAUCAAUAAUACUAAGCAUUUUGUUCACAUUUGAUUGAUCACUGGGUGGUGAUCAAUAUCAUGUGUAUCAAGUCCUUCUUAGUGCAUAUCGAAUGCUAUCGACUGAGUUGUAAUGUGGACACUAGUCUAGGUGACUCGACAUUGUGCACACUAUGUUGAGAUAAGCUGGUGGUUGGAGGUAGUCAACAGUAAACCCUGGACCCGAGUUUCGUGCUACUUGGCACUCUUUAGCAAGGUGUACCUGUAAUCCUGAGGGAACUGGUGCUCCUUGACGGAUUCGAUCCCGUAUCACCCAGCUUCACAGUCAGAGAUGUUACCACUGGGCUGCGACUAACCUUAUGUAGGACUGAGAUGUAGUCACAUUUGAUUGAUCACUGGGUGACGCGGGAUCGAAUUCAUCAGGGAGCACCAGUUCCCUCAAGAUUACAGGUGCUGGACUGAAGUCGGUUGAAAUGGUUUCGAAUCUGGGACAUAUUAGCAGAAAAUUGUACGCCUUGAUUACCAAGCUAACAAUUCAUGUUUACUAACUAAUUACUUCCUUCUGAAUGAUAUAAAUAGUUAUUAAAUUCUGUUUAAUUUUCUAUACUACUUGAUUGCUUUAGUAAUUUAUCUAUGUACGGCUAGUGAGAAAAACAAGAAUGCAAAGAGAAAUUGUUUUCUCUUUUUAUUAAAAAUAUAUUCUUGUCAUCAUAGUUAUUAUUGUACAGACAGAGAUGUAAAAAUAUGAGAUAAAUAUUGAGGAGAGAUCGAUGAAGAAAGUUGCAAACAAGGCGAAACGAUAGAUAAAUAUAUUCGCCCAUGAUAUAAAAAGAUACCAAAGAUCCCUGACCUUCGCUUUUUUAUUUAAACAUAUCCACACUAGUACAAGGAGACAUCAAAGAUAUAUGCGCCACACCUCAUCAUUCGGUUUGUGUGAGGGCUGUGAUACUGUCCGGGUGUCCAAAACAAGGCAGAUGAUUUUCUGAGGGGUUCACACUAUGAACCUUCGAUCUAGAGGUCUAAUCCAAAAGGUAGUGGAGCGACGUCAGGAGAUGCAGUCACAUGAUAAUCGGUGACCAACGAUUGGUUCAUAUACCAUUUGUUCUCUCAGAAUCCUGGAUCCCAUGUGUACCAAUUGGUUUGGAAUCAGGGUUUUCCAAGUUACCUAGAUGGAUCCUCCGAAUCCACCAACCCGGUUGGAAUACCAGACACUUGAUUUUUGCCUUCUUGAUUUAGUGAAUAACAACUUCGCCACGAGAAGGCAGUGAGUAUAACUUCCCUGGUAGUAGCUGUACACUCACACACGUGUACUUACUAUAUAUUCAUCUUUUUUUCCCUUGUUUUAUUAACACAAUUAUUCUCGUUGGGUUAUUAUCCUUUAAUUAUGCACAUGUAUAUAUUUAUUUAGUACACAAAUAAAACAAUUUACAAUUCUCUCUUGUUGUAUUAAUUUCAAAUAUAGAAUGUAGCUUGUCAAAUUAUCAAUUUCAUAUUCAUUAUUGUCAUCAUGAUAAGUACAAUAUGAUUUGAAAUAGUUUUCAUUUAUAAUAUGUACUAUAUCUUCACUAUAUGAUUCUUCCUUACUUACAUACAUACAUAUAUCUUGUUACAUAUCAUAGACAGAUUGUGUUGUUUUAUCUCAACAUAAAGCGGGUUGUUUUUUUUUUUACUUAUUAUUUGACAGAUGUCGUCAAAUAUAUUGGCUUCAUCAUCAACAUUAUGAUUGUUAUCAUUGUUUAUAUCAUGUCGCCAAAUCUUUUGAAUAAAUUAUUUGAAAGGACCACUAUGGCCAUUUUAUUCAUUUACAUUUCUUUGAUGUAUAAAUAUAAACUUGUAUUUGUGUGUGUGUGUGUGUGUGUGUGUGUGUGUGUGUGAUUGUACAUAAAGCUACAUUCCUAACUAGUUUUAUGUUAUCAUCAUGAACAAAUGUAAAGUAUUUGUUAAGAUAGUAUGUUUUUUUUAGUUGUUUACCAUUAAUAAUGAUGACACUAAUGAUGUUUAGCAACAAAAUAAAAUAAAGCUGGCGGUAUGUCAUCUUUAAAUGAACAGGAAAUCACUAACCGUUUAAUAACGUCAUACAACUUUGAAACAAAAAAAACCCAAUGAAUAAAGUACCUAAAUU